AUGAAUUCUGUUUAUAAUGAAGCUAAUUCAGAAACAUUAAAUGAAUUAUUUAGAUCUUAUAUUGAAUUUGAUCCAAAACGAGGUCAAGCAAUCCAGGAAUUUUUAAAAGAGAAAGUAUUCCAUCUCACUUGA